AAACGAGAGUUAUCUUCGUACAGCGCUAGUCCAUCCAGCUUGCCCUUGUGUUCAGUACGCCACGUGUUACCGCGUUUGCAACAAGUAUAGUGCCCGAUGGGUCGUACUAAUUGAGCUUGCACUUGCGAGGAGCGGAAUGUUGAAAAUAGUUGUUUACGUUGAACGUGCAGCAAUCGUGAAUUUAAUCGAGAGUUUUGCAGUCUUUCAUUGAUAGUUGUAAUGCGGGCUGCCGUGUGAAAUUAAUGAAUAUAAGUUUUGAAACUGGUGUAUUUGCGGAGUAAACGUCGAUCGAAGUGAUGAGUGGUUGAUUGAUCUUUGACGAUUUCAAGUGCCUGGAAAUUCUGAAAGAAUGGUAGCUGCACAUCAAGAAGCUGUUAUGAGAAGAUACAGGUUUUUUAGUAUCCAAGAGAGUGUUGAAGUACAAACAAAGAUCUACAUCCAUCUAAAGUAUAUUAAUUAAUGACGAGCCGGAACUUACAACGAACAGAAAUCAAACACAUUUCAAGACAACCACUGGAAACGGAUGAGACGUGUUCCGCUGACCUCUCAACCAGCUGAACAUUGAGCUAUUGUAAACAAAUUAUAGAACACAGCUACGUUCCACCAUGUGGCCAAACUGACCAAAAGCAGCGGCUAGCGAACAAAACGUGCAGCAGAGCAGUUUUCAGCAUAAACUGGCUUCAUCGUAAGUUCGAGAGACCAUUUGAAUGCUUUCUAUGAGCUGCUCCAAUCACAAGAAUUGGGUUUCGCAGGAAGUAUGAGCACUUCGUUAAAGAACAUGCCAUACGAGUUGCUUGAAAUUUUGACAACAGACAACGAGAGCAUACUUUCCGAUGGAGUUGAAAGUUUGACCGAAAUGUAUGGGCCGAAGCGGGAUCCACUAUACGUGGUAAUACCGAUCACCAUCAUCUACCUACUGAUUUUCAUCACCGGUGUAGUCGGCAACAUUAGCACAUGCAUCGUGAUCGCGCGCAAUCGCUCGAUGCACACCGCCACCAACUAUUAUUUGUUCAGUUUAGCCGUAUCGGACUUUCUGCUGCUGGUGUCAGGAGUGCCGCAGGAAAUAUACUUCAUCUGGAGCAAGUACCCGUACGUGUUUGGCGAAACGUUCUGUGUGUUGCGUGGCAUCGCCGCAGAAAUGUCUGCUAAUGCCACCGUGCUAACAAUCACCGCGUUUACAAUCGAGCGCUACUUUGCUAUCUGUCACCCAUUUCUUUCACACACCAUGUCGAAGCUCAGCCGGGCGGUGCGUUUCAUCUGUGUGAUUUGGCUCAUUGCGAUCGUUUCGGCUAUACCGCAAGCGUUACAGUUUGGCGUCACCAACCAAGGUGGAAUCGACCAAUGUGUGGUGAAACGCAUCAUAAUUCAGCACUCUUUUGAACUCUCUACAUUCUUGUUCUUCUUUGCUCCGAUGACGAUGAUCACCAUACUGUAUGCGUUGAUUGGGUUGAAGCUGCGCACCUCCACGCUGAUGCAGCGCGAUGGCACAUUGCAGCGACGAACCCAGCCCAGCCCACGCCAAUCGUUUGCCAAUAGUCAAGGCAGUCGCCGUGUCCUGAAAAUGCUCGUGGCUGUGGUUGUGGCUUUUUUUAUUUGCUGGGCCCCGUUCCACGCACAGCGGCUCGUUUAUAUUUACGGAGUUAAUACGAAUCAUCAGCCCUCCGACCCCUUAAUACUGAAGCUGUUCAUCAUCACAACCUACAUAUCCGGUAUCCUAUAUUAUCUAUCAACGUGUAUAAACCCUCUACUGUAUAACAUUAUGAGCAACAAAUUCCGACAAGCAUUCAAGAAUAUGCUGACUGUAAGAUCUGCCAGAAAACCUCCGUGGCAGACAUCCUACGGAGCCAGCCCACCCCACGGCUCAACCUGGACUGGUUGAUUAUAUAUGAAUGUGGCAUUAGGGCCGACAAAAACAUCGCCUCGAUACCCCUCAAAGGUCGCUGGUAUUUGAUGGAAUGUGCCUUUGACACCAGAACUAACCAAAGGAAGAUACGCGAAAGAAUUCCUGAGUGAGGCCAAGCCCUCUCUCAACCAUGCCAACAACAACAACCGACCGAGAAGAAUGAUUGCGGCGUCCGCAAUUAGCAUGUCCGCAUUUAGACCCGUCAGAGCAUGAAGAACUGCUGGCGAAUGAAGAUUUUUUUCCCAACCACGUUACAGGGGAUUGGAAAAUGCAAAAAGGAAGUUCGAUACUCGAACCGAUUGUACCGUUAUGCACAAGGUUCUAGCUGGGCGGUGAUCUAAAGCCUGAAGUAUUCUUCGACGCAUAGCUGAAACGAUCAAAGACUACAUAUGUUAUCGCUGAUACAAACAGCAAAGCGACAUCAGCAGCAUGGAUGCUGACGACUAAAUUUACCGUCAUCUCUGGAUAAGGGUGCUAGUGCUAACAGACAUUUGAAGAGCAGUGAUAGAGUGAUGGCUCUUCAAGAUAGGCUUACUGGUUUGAUGCAACUUCAGAUCAGCAGAAAGAUCUUGAGAAAAAGUGUAUACGAUAAAAAUAUAUAAACAACGAUAGCUGUGUAGAGUUUUGCAAUCUUUAAAAAUGUUGCAAGUGUUGUUGGCAGGUUUUCCAAAAUUAUUGUAACCGGUUAUAGAAAUAGUCGACAAAGUACGGCUUGCAAUCCGUAUGCAGCUCUUUCACUCUCGGAUUAUGUCACUUAUUAACAAGUAAGAUAGUUUGAUGUUCAUACAAUGAUUCUUUUUUGAGUCACUUGUGAAUUAGAAACAAACACAUGAACACAAGUCCAAGCUGUUAAGCAGUUUACAAAAUCCAAAAAUAUCUAUAAUCGGUUUUGCCAGAAAGUAAUUAUUCUAGAUUUUAUAAAACAUUUCUUAAGACUCUCAGGCCAAUCAGCCUGCGACAUUUCAUACAAAAUCUCUCGGGUGUUCAUUUAGUUCAUUUUUGUAUCGUUUGAAGAGUUCCGUUAUGGUAUAAAUAAUCGUCGGCAGUAUCGAGUCGAUGAACUUCAAAAUGGUGUCGUAUAUCCCGAACGGCUAGUCAAAUUGGACAAAUUUUCUGACAAACAGCUCAAAUUGAUAGACACGCGUAAAUUAAACCAUUCCAAGAAUUUAAGCCGCUGUCUAUGAUCAUAAAUUGCCUUUAACACUGGUUUGACAACACUCUAAUCUAUUGAUUUUUCCUCAGUGUCAACAAAAACCAUCAAUUAAAAAAAAUGUUGCUCACAUCUACUUCGCCCGUCGAUGAAACAAGAACAAAAAGUCGACAUAGCCCUUUUUGACUUGAUCGGCAAACACGAAACCAAAUAUACUGUUGUUUGUUGUAAGCAGCUAACUUUUGAUAGGCUAAUUGUGAACCAGUAGAAUAAACAGGAAAGGCUUAACAAGUUACCUGAUCCAUUCAAUAUUAACGAAAAGCGUAAAUUGGUGGAUUUUUUAAAUUUCAACAACUGUUUAUGUUUUUAAAAACUCUUAGUACUAGUUUAUUGGUAUUCUCUGUUUAGAAUAAUAAUGUUGAGCCUUUACAAAACUGUUUGCAGGCUAUUUUGAGAGUUAUGUGUAAGUAGCGUAAGUAGAAUAAGUAAAAGAUGAAUUGUAAAAGUAAUUGAUUUCAUUAGCAAUAAAGACAUUGAAGCAAAA